AUGUCGAACAACAUCAAGGUCGUCUGUCGUUUUCGCCCUCCCAACUCCAUCGAGCAGCGCGAGGGCAGCGACAUUGUAGUCGACUUUAGCGACGAUGGCUCGCUCGUCAAGAUGACAAAGGGCGUCUCCACCUCGGGCCCCGAAGCAGGUGGUUUCGUCUUCGACAAGGUUUUUCCUAUGAACACCAAGCAGCGAGACGUCUUCGAGUUCGGCCUCAAAGAGACCGUCGAGGACGUUCUCAACGGCUAUAAUGGCACCAUCUUCGCCUACGGUCAGACCGGUUCCGGUAAAACCUUCACCAUGAUGGGCUCCGACAUCGACAACGAGAAUCUCAAAGGUAUCAUUCCUCGUAUCACUGAACAGAUCUUCGAAAACAUCAUGGCGAGUCCACCACAUCUUGAAUACCUCGUAAAGGUAUCCUACAUGGAGAUCUACAUGGAGAGAAUCCGCGAUCUGCUCGCCCCUCAGAAUGACAAUCUUCAGGUGCACGAGGAAAAGAGCAAGGGCGUCUACGUCAAGGGUCUCUCUGACUUCUACGUCGGUGGUCAGGCCGACGUCUACGAGAUCAUGCGUCAAGGUGGUCUGGCCCGUGCCGUCUCUUCGACCAACAUGAACGCCGAAUCUUCGCGAUCGCACUCGAUCUUCCUCAUCACCAUCCAGCAGCGCAACACCGAGACUGGCAGUGCCAAGACCGGAAACCUCUACCUCGUUGAUUUGGCCGGUUCCGAAAAGGUGGGAAAGACGGGCGCCAGUGGGCAGACGCUCGAAGAAGCGAAAAAGAUCAACAAGAGUUUGUCGGCGCUUGGUAUGGUCAUCAACGCACUUACGGACGGCAAGUCGUCCCACAUUCCGUAUCGUGAUUCCAAGCUUACCCGUAUCCUGCAAGAAUCGCUCGGAGGUAACUCGCGCACGACGCUCAUCGUCAACGCCUCGCCAUGCGUCUACAACGCCGACGAGACGCUCUCCACAUUGCGCUUCGGUGUAAGAGCCAAGAGCAUCAAGAACAAGGCACGCGUCAACGCAGAGCUCUCUCCAGCCGAGCUCAAGGCGCUGCUCAAGAAGGCCAAGGCCGACAACGAGAGGUACCAGCAGUACAUCGCCAACCUCGAGGCCGAGCUCAAGACAUGGCGCUCAGGUGGCAAGGUGCCCGAAUCCGAAUGGGCCGACGCCACCAAGGUCGUCGUCGGUCAAGGUGCGCCCGUCGCUGCUGCGCCGUCGUUGGCCGCGACACCGAGUCAGUCGCGUCCGCUUACACCAGCUGUCGAGAACCUUCGAGAACUUGCCUCCCGUCCCGAGACACCAUCCGCCGUCUCCAUCGACAAGGACGAGCGCGACGAGUUUCUGCGCAGAGAAAACGAGCUCAGCGACCAGAUUGCCGAGAAGGAGGUGGCGCUCAAGUCGGCGGAGAGUGCGUUGCGCGAGGCGACCCAGGAGCUCACCUUCUACCGUGAGCAAGAGGCUACGCUCUCCAAGGACAACAAGAGCAUGACUUCCGAGAUCAACGAGAUCAAGCUUCAGCUCGAGCGUGUCACCUACGAGCACAAGGACGCCACCAUCACACUCGACAUCCUCAAAGAGCAGAACAAGGAUCUGUCGGCAGAGCUCGAAGAGCUGCGCAAGUCGCUCGCCGACACGGCCAAGACGGUCAAGGACCCGUCGCAAGAGGGCAAGGAGCGCAAGAAAGCCGAGCGCAUGGCUCAGAUGAUGGCUGAUUUCAACCAGGGCAUCGUAUCCGAGAAAGAGGAACAGAUCCGCGAGACGCUGAGCAAGCUCGAGACUGCCAGCGGUGCUGGUUCUGGUGCGCUUUCCGCCGACGACCUUUCGACGUUGCGCGAGCAGCUGCUCGAAUCCCAGAGUUUGCUACGAGAGCAGGGCGAGCGUGUGCGUCAGGCGCACGAGGAGAACGAGCUGCUUCACCAGCGACGUCAGGAGCUCGAAACCCGCUUCGCUACGCUCGAAGCCGAGUACGAGGAGCUGCUCGACAAAUCGAUCAAGGCCGAGGAGGCCAACCACGUCAACGUCGACGUCACCAUGGAGGAUCUCAAAAACAAGCUCGAAUCGCAGUACGCAUCCAAGCGAGAAGCUCAGGCGAGCGAGAUCACCGAUCUCAAGCGCCAGAUUGAGUUCAAAGCCAAGGAGCUUGCGGUGCUCACAUCAAACAAUGAGAAUCUCAAGAGCACCAACGAGGAGAUCAAGCGCGCAUUCGCGGUCACCACUGCCGGAGUCGAAGGUGGACGCAACCUGGCCGAGUCGGCGCGAGAGCUGGAGCGUGUACGCAAGACCAUGGCGGCGCAGCUUUCAGAGUUCGAUACGAUGAAGAAGUCGUUGAUGCGCGACCUUCAAAACCGUUGCGAAAAGGUGGUGGAGCUCGAGAUCUCGCUCGACGAGUCGCGCGAACAGUACAACAACGUGGUGCGCAACAGCAACUCGAAGGCACAGCAGAAGAAGAUGGCGUUCCUGGAACGCAACUUGGAGCAGCUGACCAACGUGCAGAAGCAGCUCGUGGAGCAAAACAGCAGCCUCAAGAAGGAGGUCUCGAUCGCCGAGAGGAAGCUGCUGGCGAGGAACGAACGCAUCCAGGCACUGGAGCAGCACCUGAUGGACAGUCAAGAGAAGCUCAUGCUGCAGAACCGCAAGUUCGAGGAGCAGCUGCAGGCGGUCAAGGAGCGUCUGCAUCACGCCAACCAGAUGCGCGGGCCUGCUGCAGGGAAUGCUGCUCCCGGCCCCUUGGGCGGAUUCGGCCGCAUCGCCAAGCCUCUGCGCGGCGGUGGACCGACGGCAGGACCCCAGCCCGGCUCUGUUGCGGCGAGACAGGCAGUGUUUGGUGGUGGCGCCGGUGGUGUUGGUUCGGCGCUAGGCGACAACUCGCCCAAGGCACGAUCCAGCUGGUUCUUCUCUUCCAAGUGA